AUGGCUUCCCUUUUUUCCUCGUUGCUCCAGUGGUUCACCAGCCUGUUCUUUACCAAGAACGCCGAGAUAGCUAUUGUGGGACUUCAGGCGCGUUUCACCAGAGCCCUUUUCUGUGCAUCCGGCAAGACUUCCUUCGUGAAUGUCCUUGGCUCGGGGCAGUGGAGCGAAGAUGUGGUCCCAACUGUCGCAUUCAAUCUGAGAAAGAUCACGAAGGGAAACGUUACUCUCAAGAUAUGGGACGUUGCAGGCCAGCCGAGGUAUCGGUCAAUAUGGGAGCGAUACUGCAGUGGCGUGGAUGCUGUAGUAUUUGUGGUGGACUCCGUAGAUAAGGAGAAGUUCGAAACGGCACGCUUUGAGCUCCAUCAACUCCUCGCUCAACCUAGUCUGCACGGUGUCCCUCUUCUGGUGCUGGGAAACAAGAACGACAUCGAAGGCCAUGCACCUGUCCAGGAGCUGAUCAAAGCCCUUCAACUCGACAAGAUUACUGACAGACCGGUCUCGUGUUAUUCGUGUUCAAUGAAGAGCCAACACAACCUAGACAUCGUGCUGCAGUGGCUCUCUGGGCGAGGGCACUGA